CAAUGAUGAAAUGGCUUCUUGCAACAUCAGCACGCAGAGCUGAAUUCCAGAGCUCGGGGGCGGGGAAGGAGUGCUCAGACACACUGAUCUUAGGAGAAAUGCCCCAAAACAGUGUUCAUGGUCAUCCCUCCCAGUACCAGACCGACACUGUGAAAUGUGCACUGCUUUUCUCGGAUUCCCGAAGAAUUUUGCUGGGUAAACACAGUGGGACACAACCCCAGGCUCCCUGGUAGAUUGCGAGGAAACUUCUGGCCUAAGUCAGUUGGAAAGAAAAGUUGGAGUCAGCAGAGUUGCGAACAAACUGUUCACGAUGUCAAUCAAAAAGGAAGGUGCCCACAAGAAGUGGGCUGCCCUGAAGGAGAAACUCGGACCCCAGGAGACUGACCAGUCAGAGGCCAACCUGGAAAAUGCCGAGCCGGAGCUGUGCAUCCGUCUCCUGCAAAUGCCAUCGGUGGUGAACUACUCCGGGCUGAAGAAGCGUCUGGAGAACAGCGACGAUGCCUGGAUGGUCCAGUUCCUGGAGCUGUGUGGGCUGGACCUCCUUCUGGAGGCCCUGGACAGGCUGUCUGGGCGAGGAGUGGCCAGAAUAUCCGAUGCCUUGCUUCAGCUCACCUGCAUUAGCUGCGUGCGAGCCGUCAUGAACUCCCACAAAGGCAUCGAAUACAUCGUGAGCAACGAGGGCUAUGUCAGAAAACUCUUCCAAGCACUUGACACAACUAAUGUCAUGGUCAAAAAGCAAAUAUUUGAGCUACUGGCUGCACUGUGCAUUUACUCAUCAGAUGGCCAUGCUUUGGCUCUGGAUGCCUUGGACCAUUACAAGAGUGUGAAGAACCAGCAGUAUCGAUUCAGCAUCAUAAUGAAUGAACUCUCCAACACAGACAACGUGCCAUACAUGGUGACACUGCUGAGUGCUAUCAACGCCAUCAUACUGGGGAAAGAAGAGCUAAGAACAAGGACACAAAUCAGAAACGAAUUCAUAGGGCUUCAGCUGUUGGAUGUUUUAGACAAGCUAAGAGACAUCGAAGAGGAGGAUCUGCUUAUCCAGUGUGAUACAUUUGAGGAGUUCAAGGUAGAAGAUGAUGAGGAGUUAUUAAAGAUGUGUGAUGGCAUAAACAUGAAUGAUCAUCAUGAGGUCUUUUCAUCUCUCUUCAAUAAAGUGAGCCGCUCUCCAGUCUCCAUCCAGCUGCUGUCCAUCCUUCAGAGUCUGCUGCACUUGGAACCAUCUCAUCAGUCCAGCCUCCUGCUGUGGGAGUCCUUGGAUGCCGUAGUGAACAGAGCCCUUUUGCUUGCAAAUGACAUUCAAGGGAACACAGUUGAAGAGGUCAUGGAGAGGCUGCUGUCUACCAAGAAACAUCCAAACAAGCAAAAGCGAGCUGAGAACCGGCUGUCUGGGAGUGCAGCUGGAGGUGCCCAGGGUGAGCCAGAGCCAUGUGCACGUGCAGCUCGGGGUCCAGUGGGAUCAUCAAACCCCUCCAAGGCACCGACAACAUCCUCAGGGCCACUUGCCAACGAAAAGAAGAUCUCAUCCUGCCAGUUCACAGGCUGCUCUGCUUCACCAGAGACGUCUAACUCUCCCCACAACACUGGUUCCACCCCGGCACCUCCACCCCCACCACCUCCGCCCCCACCCUCUGGCACAGCAGGCAUGAACCCCACAUCCCUGAUGACGAAUACACCUCCAGCCCCUCCACUCCCUGGCGUCCCUCCUCCCCCACCCCCACUGCCUGGCAUGGAGGGUAUCCCCCCUCCUCCUCCUCCACCAUUGCCUGGCAUGGGUGGCAUCCCUCCCCCACCCCCUCCAUUGCCUGGCAUGGUGGGCAUCCCACCUCCUCCACCCCCAUUGCCUGGCAUGGGUGGUAUCCCACCUCCUCCACCCCCAUUGCCUGGCAUGGGUGGUAUCCCACCUCCUCCACCCCCAUUGCCUGGCAUGGGUGGUAUCCCACCUCCUCCACCCCCAUUGCCAGGCAUGGGUGGUAUCCCUCCCCCUCCCCCUCCUUUGCCUGGCAUGGGUGGCGUCCCACCCCCUCCACCCCUCCUGCCUGGCAUGGGAGGAGAUUACAUAGAAGCUGUGGUGGCCUCCCAGUUCAGCUGCCCUCUUGGCAUGGGCCGCCCUCCCCGCAAGGCGGUGAAGACACCAACACUGAGGAUGAAGAAGCUGAACUGGCAGAAGCUGCCCUCCAACGUGGUGAGAGAGAGUCACUCCAUGUGGGCUUCGGUGAGCAGCAGCAGCGAGGAAACUAUAGAGCCCAACUACACCAGCAUAGAGCAGCUGUUUUGCUUUCCACAACCAACCCCCAAGGAGAAGACAGCCACCCCCGUGAAGGCAGAGCCAAAGGAGAUCACAUUUUUGGACUCCAAGAAAAGUCUCAAUUUGAACAUAUUUUUGAAGCAAUUUAAAUGCUCCAACGAAGAGGUGACUGCCAUGAUCCAGAAUGGGGACCGGACCAAGUUUGACGUUGAGGUUCUGAAGCAGUUGCUGAAGCUGCUGCCUGAAAAGCAUGAGAUAGAAAACCUGAAGGCCUUCAAAGAAGAGAAAUCAAAGCUAGCAAAUGCAGAUCAGUUUUAUCUCCUCCUCCUUCAGAUUCCCAGCUACCAGCUGCGCAUUGAGUGUAUGCUGAUCUGUGAAGAGACCAUUGUCGUGCUGGACAUGAUUCAGCCCAAAGCUGAAGCCAUCAGGAGAGCCUGCGAAGAUCUUCUGACCAGUCAUCGCCUGCCGCUCUUUUGCCAACUGAUUCUCAAAGUUGGAAACUUCCUGAACUACGGAAGUCACACAGGCGAUGCUGAUGGGUUUAAGAUCAGCACUUUGCUCAAACUGACAGAGACCAAAGCAAACCAGACCCGCAUUACGCUGCUCCACCAUAUUCUAGAGGAAGUAGAAAACAGCCACAAGGACCUACUGGAACUGCCAAAGGAUCUUGAAUACGUUUCAAAAGCAGCAGGAAUUAAUCUUGAUAUUAUACGCACGGAGUCCGGUACCAAUUUAAAGAAGUUGCUGGAGCUUCAGCGGAAAGUCUUAUCAUCAAAUGAUGAUGUGAAACAACAGUACGAGAAACCAAUCCAGGAUAGCAUCGAUGCCUCCAAAAAGCUGGAAGAAGAAUUUGAAACCAUUGAAAGGAAGAGAGAAGAACUUGCAAAUUAUCUCUGUGAAGACCCGAGCAAGUUGUCCUUAGAGGACAUAUUUAGCAUCAUGAAGACCUUCAGAGAUCUCUUUAUCCGAGCCCUGAAGGAAAACAAGGACAGAAAGGAGCAAGCUGCCAAAGCAGAGAAGAGGAAAAAACAGCUUGAAGAGGAAGAGGGGAAGAGACAAAAGGGAGAAAAUGGAAAAGUCAUUAAGAAGGGUUUGGGGAAGCAGGACGAGGUGUGUGUCAUCGAUGCACUGCUAGCCGACAUCAGGAAAGGGUUCACACUGAGAAAGACAAAGAACAGACAUGAGUCGGAUGCAAUUCCUAAACCCUUGUCUGAGGAGAGCCCGGAGGAAAGCCAGUCUGGAAAGAGCAUUAAGGAUCCACAAGCAGCAGGGAAGCAGAUGAAUGAUGAGACCAAGCAAAACAAGGAUGGUCAUCCCUCAGAAAGCACUCCCUCCUCAGCCACUGCCCUGAUGGAGAUGGAUGGAGCAGUUACAGAUGCUUCAGCUUCAAACCAGGUGUUACCUAAAAACAACGCUGGAGGAAGUUUGCCGUUGGAGUCCCAGACCGAAAGCCCAUCCGUGAGAUUGGUGGAAGCUGAUGGGGCUGCUCAGCUCGUGCCUGGCACUGGGAUGGAGCAGACAGACAACUGGGCAAGCCUCCAGCCAAGCACAAAGGGCACCUCCAUUGCUUUCUCUUUGGCUGACACAGGCAUGAGGAUAAGCUUUGUGAGCAGCAGUUCAGCCACUGCUCUGAGAGACCAGCUCAGCUGGACUAAUGGGUCCCUCUCAGAAGGCCAGGACAAGGAAUGCCCAGCUGAUUGCUCAGAGACCUACAGGCUGGCACAGGAGCCAGAACCCCAGCUGAGCAAGACCAGGACGGACCCCAGCAGCGCUCCCUGCAAUGAGGCUCAUCAGGCAGAGUCAAAAGAGAUGACAAAGGAAAACGAAGACCCUGGUACAGACUCACUGUUGGACACCUCUCAGGAGAAGUCCUUCUCAGAGGAGCCAGCCACUGACUCCUCUUGUUCAGCAACACUUCCUCCAGAGCAAACUCACACCGACAGGGAAAAGCAGAGGCCACCUGGGAAACGGAAGAAGAAGAAGAGGCACAGCAAAAGCUAUUCAGAGGUUGAGAGUGAUACUGGAGAUAAUAAAACAAAAAAAGGUUGUGUGACACAAUGAGGUGUCACAGCAAGGCAGAAGGUAUAAGAGAGACCAAGUGAACCACUCUCAUGUCCCUGGAGCACUACCAGUUUGUCAGAAACCAGGUUCUGCAUCGACGAAAUGCCACCGUGGACACCUUCUGCCCCACAUAGAUGCACCACUUCUCCUCCUGCAGCCUUUCUCUCCCCUCCUGAGGACCUAAAGAGCCUCCCCAGAGACUUUGGACCCCUCAGCCCAUGCCUUACACCAGGCACCUGGGAAAUGGGGUACAGUUCUGCACAUGGCAGCAGCGAAAGGGUCAGACCUGUCAUCCACCAGCGUGGAAGCUGAGUCUUUCAACCUGCUCUUAGGCCAAACUCCUCUUGAAAUGACAGCUGAGUGUGGCCUAAGAAUGGACUGCAGUGUUUAGCCCUCAGAGAAACGUUAAAAAUAGCAGUGCCUGAACGAAAUUAAGGGUAUAAAUUAAGCAGUGGCUGUACCACCACAGGUGGAAGUGUGUUAACUCCCUCUUCUCAUCACCCACUGACGAUUUGUAUUGGAUCAGGUCCAAGACCCAGAUCAGACAAAUGUAUUUUUACUCUCAAUCAUUUAAAGCAAGGGGAAUCAGUUACAGGGAG